AUCAAUUCUAUUAAGCGAGUUAUUGAAGCUCCGACCACCGAAAUUUUAAAGUUUGGGUGAUAAAGAUAAUCAGUGCCACAUAUGCCUUGAACAUUUUUGUGAAUAGCCUCAACGUAACGAUUUCACUACCAACCUGCGCAAUGGCGCCUCUAGUGGAUAAUCCCAUGAUUGCAUCCGCAACAUUGCAUAAUCCAUGUUAGUAGCCACGCAUCCAUUCAAUAGCAGACCUGAUUCUAACCUAUCUCAGUACCGCUUUGGUUGCAUACUUAUAUCUGGCCCUUCGCUAUCAUAUGGCCUGUCUUCUUUCGAUAUUACCUUUCACAAGAUCUUUAUGACAAGCAUAUUGGCGGGCAAGAAUGGACCUUUGUCUGGUGUGGGACAAUUAUCACGGCGCAAAGUUUAGUAUGGCUGAGCACACAUUGGAACAUUAACUUGAGAGCUCUCUUUACUUCAACCUCCGCAAAGACUGUUUCAGAGGCCCAGUUGAUCAAGGUUCAUCCUAUUACGAAUGCUGGCUCUGCCGACUUUUGCAAGAUAGAUAGGGACAAUGUAGGUGGAAAAAGUGUCCUUCUAUAAUUGUGUCAGCUAACCUUGCCCCAGGCUGGUGGAAAAAGCAAUGUUUCCUUCCUCUUCCAAAAACGUCGAUUCCUCUACGACUCUUCGAAAAACUCGUUUGCACCCUUGACAUACUCGAUAGAUUCAGAGCCCAAGCCACGUUUGGAGACAUAUCAAAAGUCUAGAGGUAUAGAUUCUGCAUCCGAGCUUUCCAGAGUUCAUCAACAUUAUGGCGAUAACACUUUCGAUAUUCCCGUCCCUACAUUUUCGGAGCUGUUUAAGGAACACGCAGUUGCACCAUUCUUCGUCUUUCAGAUUUUCUGUGUUGGUUUAUGGAUGUUGGAUGAUUACUGGUACUAUUCCUUGUUUACCCUCGUCAUGCUGGUGGGAUUUGAGAGCACUGUAGUCUGGCAGCGCCAAAGAACCUUAACCGAAUUCCGGGGGAUGAGUAUCAAGCCGUAUGAUAUUUUCGUUUACCGAUUGAAUAAAUGGGAGGAAACACAAAGUGACAAGCUUCUGCCUGGAGAUCUAGUUUCAGUGGGCCGGACGAAGGAGGACAGUGGUGUAGCCUGCGACAUGAUUCUGGUCGAAGGAAGUGCCAUUGUGAACGAAGCUAUGUUGUCCGGAGAAAGUACACCAUUAUUGAAAGACUCAAUUCAGCUCAGACCUGGCGAUGCAGUAUUGGAACCGGAAGGACUUGACAAGAAUGCAUUCCUGUAUGGGGGAACAAAGGUUCUACAAGUUACGCACGGAAAUACCGAGGAAGAAAGGCCCAAGGUCGCUUCAGGCGUUCCUCUUCCUCCUGACAACGGUGCUAUGGCCAUUGUGGUAAAGACUGGAUUUGAGACAUCACAAGGAAGCUUGGUUCGAACUAUGAUUUACUCCACCGAGCGAGUAUCUGCAAACAAUGCCGAGGCAUUAUUCUUUAUUCUUUUCCUGUUAAUCUUCGCGAUCGCUGCAUCUUGGUAUGUUUGGGAUGAAGGUGUUAGAAAGGACAGAAAACGAUCCAAGCUUCUUCUUGAUUGCGUCUUGAUCGUAACCAGUGUGGUACCCCCAGAAUUGCCCAUGGAGCUCAGUCUUGCAGUCAACACUAGUUUGGCUGCUCUUAGUCGUUAUGCUAUCUACUGUACCGAACCGUUCCGCAUUCCAUUUGCUGGGCGGGUUGAUGUGGCGUGUUUCGAUAAGACCGGUACCUUAACCGGAGAAGAUUUGGUCGUAGAAGGCAUCGCUGGUCUUGGUCUAGGCCAUACCGGAACCGGUACACCCCGUGAAAAAGAUGGUGCCCACAGCCAUAUCACUCCCGUGCAAAAGGUUUCGCUGGAAACUACAUAUGUGCUCGCCACGGCUCAUGCUCUUGUCAAGUUAGACGAGGGUGAUAUUGUUGGAGAUCCUAUGGAAAAGGCUACAUUGACCUCGUUGGGCUGGACUCUUGGACGAAAUGACAUUCUUUCUAGCAAGAUUUCACCUGGUGCACCUUCAUCCGCAGUCCAGAUCAAGCGUCGAUUCCAAUUCUCAUCUGCUCUCAAACGUCAAAGCUCCAUCGCCUCAUUAACCGCGCUCAAUCCUCAGACUGGUAAGAAGGUCCGUUCUACAUUUGUUGGUGUUAAAGGCGCACCAGAAACCAUUAUGAAAAUGUUGGUUAAAGUUCCGGCCGACUACGAAGAAACAUACAAAUACUUUACCAGGAAAGGGUCACGUGUUCUCGCUCUUGCAUACAAGUACCUCUCUACCGACUCUGAACUUGGCUCGGGUAAGAUCAAUGAUUUGAAGCGCGAAGAAGUAGAGAGGGAGUUACAUUUCGCCGGUUUCUUGGUCCUACAUUGUCCUCUUAAAGACGAUGCGAAAAAGUCCGUUCAAAUGCUGAAUGAAAGCAGUCACCGUGUUGUCAUGAUUACUGGUGAUAACCCCUUAACAGCCAUCCAUGUUGCCAGAGAGGUUGAGAUAGUCGAUAGGGACGUUCUCAUCCUCGAUGCUCCAGAACAUGAUGACUCAGGGGAGAAACUUGUAUGGAGAAGUGUUGAUGACAGUAUCAGCAUUCCCGUCGAUCCUUCCAAACCCAUAGACAAGAAGAUUAUCGAAGAAAAUGACUUGUGUGUCACCGGUUACGCUCUGUCUAAAUUCAAAGAUCAAUCUGCUCUUUCUACCAUCUAUCGUUACGCAUGGGUAUAUGCCCGCGUUUCACCAAAACAGAAAGAAGAGAUUCUUACCGGGUUGAGGGAUCUCGGUUAUCAUACACUCAUGGCUGGUGAUGGUACAAAUGACGUUGGAGCCCUAAAACAAGCCCACAUCGGUGUUGCGUUACUCAAUGGCUCACAGGAGGAUCUCAACAAAAUCGCCGAACAUUUCAGGAACAAUAAAAUGAAAGAGCUUUACGAAAAGCAAUGUCAAAUGAUGACACGAUUCAAUCAACCAACGCCUCCGGUACCAGUUUUGAUUGCACAUAUGUAUCCGCCAGGACCUAAAAAUCCACACUACGAGAAAGCUAUGCAACGGGAAGCCGAAAAGAAAGGUACUACAGUGGCUCUCAUGGAAACAGCUGCCAAAAAAACUGAUGACGUGGAAACAAUUACUUCACCUGCUGCCCAAGCACUUAUUGAUGGCCAACAAAAUAAGCCUACGUUGAAUGAAGCACAGAAGAAAGCAGCUAGCCUUGCUGAUAAAAUGACCCAAAGUUUGAUGGACGCUGAAAUGGACGACGAUGAGCCCCCUACAAUUAAACUUGGUGAUGCAUCCGUUGCUGCUCCAUUCACCAGUAAAUUGAGUAAUGUCAUCGCCAUUCCCAAUAUCAUUCGUCAAGGUCGCUGUACACUUGUUGCCACUAUCCAAAUGUACAAAAUCCUCGCUUUGAAUUGUCUUAUCAGCGCCUACAGUCUAAGUGUGCUGUAUCUCGAAGGUAUCAAAUUUGGUGAUGGCCAAGUCACAAUCAGUGGAAUGCUCAUGAGUGUUUGCUUUUUGUCAAUUUCUCGGGCUAAGUCUGUGGAAGGUCUUUCCAAAGAACGACCACAGCCAAAUAUCUUCAACUUUUACAUUAUUGGAUCUAUACUUGGACAAUUCGCGGUCCACAUAGUUACACUCAUAUACAUCGCCCGUUUCUGCGAUAAAAUUGCUCCGUAAGUGAAGAUAUCUUUCACAUCCUUGAACAAGACAUACUAAUACUAUUGCAGACGUGACCCAGAUGUCGAUCUCGAAGGAGAAUUUGCGCCGUCUCUCCUGAACAGCGCCGUGUAUCUCUUACAACUGAUUCAACAAAUCUCCACUUUCGCCAUCAAUUAUCAAGGCCGUCCAUUCCGUGAAGCGAUUUCUGAAAACAAGGGAAUGUAUUACGGUAUCAUUGGAGUUUCCGCAAUUGCAUUCUCAUGCUCCACCGAAUUUAUCCCCGAGGUUAACGAAAAGAUGAAACUUGUACCUUUCACAUACGACUUCAAACUAGUCAUGACAACCACAAUGAUUGUCGAUUAUCUCGGCUGUUUCGUGAUUGAGAAAGUGUUGAAAGCACUUUUCAGCGAUUAUAAACCUAAAGACAUUGCGAUCAGAAGGCCCGAUCAAUUGGCUAGAGAACAGAAGAGGAUUGAGGAUGCUAAGUUGGAGACCAUCAAGGCGGAGGAGGAGAAAGCACAAAGAGAAAUCGAGGAGCUAGAGAAGAAAGUUAAGGCGGAGGAGGAGAAAGCACAAAGAGAAAUCGAGGAGCUAGAGAAGAGACUUAAGGCGAAAGGUAGAGCAUAAAUGUUGGCGAAGUAGAUAUAAUACUCAGGUAGAUUGUACAUUAUAGACUAUUUUAUCGUUUUGUACCAGCUGAUUGAUCUUGCUUCAUGCACUUUGCAGCUUCAU